AUGCGGCUGACGGAGCUCGUCGCGGUUUGCCAGUCCGCCGCCCACGCGUUGGAGGUCGCCGCGGCCGCGCAGUCGGUGCAGGCGUUUCUUCGAAAUCGGAUUUCCUACCCGGUGGGGCCGUCGGCGUUUGAGUGUGUGGAUAUGCUCGGGGUCGGGGCCUUUGGACGGGUGCUGCUGGUGGAGCACAAGCUCACCCGGAAGCUGUUUGCGAUGAAAAUCGUCCGGAAGACGUGUUUUCACGGGGUCCGUAACGUGAUUGAGAUCCGCCGCGAGUGCGCGAUCUUGGAGUCGCUGGAUUGCCCGUAUAUCAUGAAAAUCCACGCCUGCUUCCAGUCCGACAGCCGCGUCUACAUCUUGUUGGAUUACCUCCCUGGAUGUGAGCUCUUGAUGCACACCCAACGCGCCCCUGGGCAUCGCUUCGACGAGUCGAUCGCGCGUUUUUACAUCGCGGAGCUCGCGAUCGCGGUGGAGCACCUUCGGCUGCACGGAAUCGUCCAUCGGGAUGUCAAAGGCGACAACCUCGUCUUGGAUGUCGAAGGCCACGUCGUGUUGACCGAUUUCGGUUUCGCGAAGAAAAUCACGACGGACGAGGCGUCCUCGCCCGCUUCGGAGGGUCAACCCCCGGGGCGGGUGAUUAGACAACGCACCGGGUGCGGCACGCGGGCCUACAUCGCGCCGGAGGUCCUCAAUGCCUCCUCUCCGGACGAGGAAGGGUACGGGUUGGAGGUGGAUUGGUGGAGUAUGGGGGUGGUGCUCUUCACCUUAAUCACCGGGUGCUUUCCGUUCCUGCGAAAGACCGAGCACGAGACGAACAUCGCGAUCACGCAGUGCGCGCUUCAAUUCCCCCCGCACGUCGCCCUGACGGAGGCGGCGCAGGAUGUGCUGAUGAUGUUGAUGCAGAAGGACCCCACACGACGGAUCACCACCCUCGCCCAACUGAAGCGGCAUCCUUUUUUUAAUGGGUUUAACUGGGGGGCCUGUGAGAAGCGCCAGCUUCGCCCGCCGAUCUCCUUGCAUAAGGAUAGCUACAACACCCCCUCCUCCUCCUCCGCGGCCUCGCGGCGGCUGAAGGAGGCGGUCACGAACGCCCUCCGCUACGCCAACGAGGAUCAUCUGCAAAAGCUACCCGUUUCGUGGAAUGUACGGGAACAGACCCCAACCAACACCCGCUACAUCAACGAGUUCAACCAAGAAAAGGAGGAAAUGCUACUUUUGGAGGCCGCCUUCGGGCCGGAUGUGAUCCCGACGCCCGUUCAGGUCGAGAAUGACGUCUUCGGCCCACUUUAUGAUAACCAGGAGCUUUUCAGCAGCAUGCGAGAUUUAGUCGAUGUUAAGUGUGAUUUCGACAGCCGUGGUUACAUCCCGGAGGUUUCGCAUGGGGAUAUCGGGUUGUUCCACAAUAACGAGCAGAUUUCAGGUGGUCUUACGCUCAUCGACCACCCCACAGGGGGUGGCGCCAAGCUUGUCGAUGUCGCCCUCGCCAAUACCAGCACGAGCGUCGCCGUCGACUCUCAACCGCCGUGCAAUCAGGGCAUGGAAAGUGCCUGUCAGACGUCUGUUCCGCAUUCCAAUCCAUUGUCCAUCGGUUGUGGUGACAUCGGUGGCGGUGUCUUUACCGAAGGAGAGGACUUUGGGGUAGUCUUAGAUGAUUACAAAGAGGAAAACUACGCCCCGAUGACUUACAUGCCCAUCGUCGAAGCACACAAAACAUCAGAAAUGACGGUACCACCGUUUCAUCAGUUAGCUUUCCAGAAAGGUAUGGUUCGUCUGAAAUGA